AUGUCUUCUACAGCCUCUGUGGAUGAUGCCAAACAAGCGACCACUGCUGGAGAGGCACAGUCGCGUGAUCCAGUCAACGAAUAUGAAGACGCUGAAAAGAAUUUCAAGCCCAAGUCAAUCAAAUUCUGGUCCAUCAUGACUGGCAUGUAUCUGUCCUUUUUCCUGGUUGGGUUGGACCGAAUGAUCAUCGCAGCCGCCGUCCCACGCAUCACCGAUGAGUUUGACUCCCUAGAUGACAUUGGCUGGUACGGCAGUGCCUACAUGUUGACCGCGGCCUGUUUUAUGCCAAUAUCUGGCCGGGUGUAUCAGCUGUACUCGACAAAAUGGACUUUCCUCUUUUCAAUUCUGGUGUUCGAGGUUGGCUCGACACUGUGCGGUGCGGCACCCAACUCGAUCGCUUUCAUUAUUGGGCGUGCGAUCGCCGGUCUAGGAUCGGCAGGAGUCUUUUCAGGAGGAACAAUGAUCACUCUUCCGCUUAUUCCUCUCCGUAAGCGUCCCGUCGCCAGCUCAAUGUUUGGUUUGGCAUUUGGAGCUUCGUCUGUCCUAGGCCCACUCCUUGGUGGUCUUUUCACCGAUCAUGUGACCUGGAGGUGGUGUUUCUACCUGAACCUUCCAAUCGGUGGCUUCACAGUACUUGUUAUCAUCCUCUUCCUCCAUGUCGAGUCACCGAAAAGGGACAAACUAAGCUUCCUCGCUCAGAUCAAGCGACUUGAUCCGAUUGGAAUAUUCUUCUUCGUUCCAGCUAUAAUAUCGCUAAUUCUAGCUCUGCAGUGGGGAGGAACUACAUAUACAUGGUCGAACCCGAAGGUGAUAGGCCUCCUCGUCACCUUCGCCGUCCUUUUCAUCUGUUUCAUCGUCGUUGAGGUCCUGACACCACAGACCGCCAUGGCACCGACCCGAGUCAUUCUGAACCGGUCGAUUGCCGGUAGCAUGUUCUUCAUGUUCCUCAUCUCUGGAGGCAUGAUGUCUACAAUUUAUUACCUCACAAUCUGGUUCCAAGCAGCGAAGAAUACCUCGGCGAUACGUUCCGGCAUCAACACUCUACCACUAAUCCUGUCAUUCAUCAUCAUGGGCAUCCUCGCAGCCGUCCUGACCCAGAAGAUCGGUUAUUACGUUCCAUCGAUGCUGAUGUCAGUGGUCCUCUGCUCCGUCGCGGCAGGUCUCCUCUCCACACUUUCCCCCUCUUCAGGCCAAAGCACCUGGAUCGGCUAUCAGAUCCUAUACGGUUUUGGUAUCGGCUUUGGAUUCCAGACAUCGAUGCUACCGCCGCAAAACGUCUUGCCCCGUGUGGAUGUGCCUCUCGGCCUGGCGCUUAUGUUCUUCAUGCAGCAGCUCGGGGGCUCUGUCUUCCUUUCCGUCAGUCAGAACAUCUUUUCAAGCAGACUAGUCCACAACUUAUCAGGCCUUGCAGGCCUCGAUGCCCAAACGAUUGUUAACACGGGUGCCACUGCGCUACAUACGAUGGUCCCAGAAGAUGAACUCUCCACUGUCCUUACUGCGUACAACGACGCCUUGACCCGCGUCUUUAUCCUAGCUGCCGGUCUGAGCGCAUUUAUGCUCCUGGGUGCCUUGGCUGUGGAGUGGACGAGGAUGGGUGGCGAGAAGCAGAGUGAGAAGGACGGAGAGCAUAAGGCACCAGAAGGAGAUGUCGACAGUAAGGAAGUCCAAGGGGAAAGGCCAUUGGAAGCGUGA